AUUUUUAUAUUUUAAACAUGUCUGAUGUGGAAGUUCCCAUAGAACCGCCAGCUAACCGUGAUGUUGAUAUUGGUGACUCCAACGAUCCCCUAUUUGAUAAACCCAUCCAACACCACCAUCAAGACAAAAAACAUAAAAAGAAAAAACACCACCAUGGAGGGCUAAUAAUACAGACACUUCCUCCAUCGCCUCGUGAUUGCUGCGACUUCCUGGACCCUUACUGUAACAACGACCUUCAUCUCGCAAUUAUAACCACAGUAUGUUGUUGGUUGCUUUUGGGAGUCAUUCCAGUUGUGUUUGGAUUCGUUUCAAUAUAUUACGCGAUCAAGGCACGUGAUACAAAAGAUGAAGAAUUGAAACAAAAGUACUCCAGUAAAUCGCGCAGUAUCUCUUGGGUUGGAAUGCUACUGUUCACCGUGGUUGUCACAAUAGCGGUUGUAAUACUUGCAACUUGUGGUAUACUAUAAAGUAUUUCACUAAGUGGAACAAUUUUGCUUGCAUAUUACUGCAAAAGUGUUGAUUCAUACACCUAACUGAACUAUUUGUAAAAGUAACUUUAUACGUUUGUAGUAAUUGUCAUACAGCUUUUGUGUUUUCUUGUGUUUUGUAGAAUAAACAUUGCGAAUUUCCCUU